AUGUCUGAGACUGCAGCAGAAAUAUAUCAGCGCUAUAGAGAAGAAAGCGAUACACGAUGGAGGGAAGGUAUACGAGAAGUCGUAGAAGAUUCUGAUGAAGGGGAAGCCGAUAUCAACGUGGAUUAUAUAUCAAGUGAUGAAUCCGCGCAUAUACCCGACCUUGGAGACCGAAUUAGGGUCAAAUCUAGAGAUAUAUGGGAUUUGGAGGAAAUACAGCAAACGCUAAGGUUACUACAGUCAGCUGAUGAAAUAUCAUCACUGAUAGAGACCGCCCAUUGCGAAGAUGUGGUAUCUUAUGCUCUGGAAAUGGAUGAAGCUGGUAUACGUUGUGCUAUGCUCUGGGCUUGUUGGAUGGGAAAAACUUGUUUGCUUUCGAAGCUAUUAAAAAUUGGUGGAGAUCCAAACAGCAAGGAUGACGCUGGCAGGACAUGUUUGCAUUUAAGCUGUUUAGUUGGAAAUGGGGAAAUAGUGAAGCUCUUAUUAGAACACGGAGCUGAUCCAAAUAUGUGGGAUUCUUUAUCUGAUAGAAAAGCCACUCCACUUCAUUGUGCUGCUAGCGCUAAAUCUUUGAAUUGUGUCAAGGCUCUAUUAAAUCAUGGGGCAGACGUUAAUGCCGGUCUAAGCGAGCAUUCUCCUUUACACUACGCUGUUAUGAGCGAUGCACCGGAAGUUGUGAGCGCGCUUUUAGAAGCCGGGGCUUGUCCUGACACUCCGCAGGUUUUUACAGAGACUCCAUUGCAUGUAGCCGCGUCUUUGGGAUCGGCUUCUUGUAUGAAAUUACUUCUGGAUGCUGGUGCCGACGUCCGAGCGGCGUUAGGCCCAGGUCGUGCAACCGCUUUGCACCUCGCUGCGGUAGAUGGUCACGCUGAAUGCGCCAGUCUUUUGCUUGAACAUGGUGCUAGAAUUGACUGCCCGAAUUCCAGAGGACAAACCAGUUUACAUCUAGCUGCCUUAGCACAAUCUGUGGAGGUAGUGGAACUCUUGGUAGCGAAACGUGCUGACGUUCGAGCGAGAGAUAUUGACGGAAGGACGCCGUUGCAUGGCGCUAUUGUGAGAGGAGCUCGAGCGUGUGAUGUAGCGAGAUUACUUCUUUCUGUGGGCGCUGAUCCUAAUGCACCAGAUAACUUUGGUUACACUCCACUGCAUAUCGCCGCUCUUAAUGAGUUCUCAGCAUGUGUUUUAUUACUUUUAGAUUAUGGAGGCGACGUAACUCUACGUACAAAUGGCGGAGUAUCGGCCCUGUCGUUUAUAGUACGACGGGUUCCAGAUGUAGUUCCGCGGUAUUUAUGUAAGUUCGAUGAUGCUGUACACGUGAGUGAACAUGAAAUCGGCGAUGUAGACUGUGAGCUAACUAUCGACUUCAGACCACUAGUACCUUGCCUAUCAAGAGGAGAGGCGGAAUUGCUACUCGCAUUUGUUGAGGUGGGAAGAAAAGACGUAUUAAAGCAUCCGGUAGCGGAAACAUUCCUGUUUUUGAAAUGGCGAAGAAUAAGAAAAUUUUUCGUAUUGAGUUUCGCUUAUCACGCCAUAUUCAUAACUUUGUAUAGCUUGUAUAUACUGCAGAUUUUUCUGUGUGAAGACGUUACUUGUGAUGUUCCAAGUUACCUCCGACCAGUACAGUACGUAAUAGUACUCUUGAAUUUAUGUUUUUUAUCAAAAGAAAUAUUUCAAGCAUGUCUGGAUUACUCUGCGUAUAUACGGCAAUGGGAGAACUGGUUGCAAAUAUUAAUAAUCAUAGGCGUUUUUCUAUGCACAAUUCCAACUUGGUAUAUGCAUAACGGAGCAGCAAUAACCAACACAUCAAACUGGCAGCACGACGUCGCAGCUAUAACAAUUUUUUUUUGUUGGCUCGAAUUAAUGAUGAUAAUCGGACGUUUCCCCACAUUUGGUUUAUAUGUCCAAAUGUUCACAACAGUGACUGUGAACUUUGCUACAUUUCUAAUGGCCUAUAGUUGUCUCCUGAUGGCGUUUGGUCUAGCCUUCAGUGUUUUAUUCAGCAACUACCCAGCGUUUCAUUUACCCGCUGGUUUGGUUAAAACCGUCAUGAUGAUGUCAGGAGAGUUGGAGUAUGAGGACAUUUUCUACAAUAACUGCACGAACUCUCAGAUACAUUAUCCUUUGACCGCUCACGCUAUGUUCCUGAUAUUUGUGCUUCUGGUAACAGUUAUAUUGACGAAUCUUUUGGUGGGUUUGGCUGUUAGCGAUAUACAGGCCCUACAAGAAAGUGCAGGUUUAGACAGACUAGUUAGACAAACUCAACUGGUGGCGCAUCUUGAGAGUAUGCUUUUCAGUUCUUUGUUGACAUGUGCCCCACAACAGUUACUUGCUGUGUUGAGAUGGGGUGCCUUGUUGACAGCCUCACACAUGCGCACUUUGAACAUCAGGCCCAAUGACCCCAGAGAAAAUAGGAUACCGCGGGAGUUAAUAGCAUCGAUUUACAAAAUGGUGGCGAGCCGUAAGGACACAAAAAAGAGCAUACGCAAAAACAAUAACUACGAAUUUCGAUUAAGAAAAGAAACAGAUCAAGAGGACAUUGAACGCCAACAACACGUUAAAAGAAAGAGUUAUUUAUAUGAAAGAUAUUCGUGUGAAAGUCAAAACGUCGAACGUCGUAAGAAGACCACCACAUCUGGGUCGAUUGACAAUAAAAAUAGACCAGUAUCUUUUUCUAUAAAUGCUAUACAAGAAAUAUGUAUGGUGGAUAUCAAGAAUCAACUGGCAGAAUUGACUAAGAAGAUAAACAAGUUAGCUGAAGUAACAGAUUCAAAAUUAAGUUUCAUUGAGAAAAAAUUGGAAGAAACAAGACCGCCUUAA